AUGUCUGGCGCAACAGCACGCGGCACAUCUGCGCGAGAAGUCGACGAAGAAACCCCGCUGCUCGGCCGAGUCGCGAAAAACUCGGACAAGUCAAACCUCACCAGGCACUUCAAGCAGGAUGUCAGCCGCAAUUGGGCGGACGCAGUGUUGUUGUUUGGCUACAUAGUCACGGGACUACUGGACAGCUCGGCUGUAUUCAUCUGGGGUAGUUUCGUAAGCAUGCAAACGGGAAACACUGUGUAUCUCGGUCUGGGAAUCAUCGCUCCCCAUGAAGACAUCCGAUGGAUCAAGGCGCUGACUUCUAUUGUCUCGUUCUGUCUCGGCUCAUUCUUCUUUGCACGCUUUCAUCGCUACUACUCGCCCAAGAAGCGCUGGGUGCUGAUUGCAAGCUACUCUGCGCAGUUGCUCCUUAUUGUCGUAGCGGCAGUCAUCGUCACAGUUGGAGACGAUGUUAAAAACCAGUUGCACUGGCAAGUCCUGGUUCCUCUGGCUUCUGUCGCGUUCCAGUCGAGCGGACAGGCGGUGACGUCACGUGCGCUGCAGUUCAACGGUCUGACCAGUGUCGUGCUGACAAGCAAUUACUGCGAUCUCUUCUCUGACCCUAAGCUGUUUGCUUGGGACAAUAUCGAGAGGAACAGGAGGAUAGGCGCGCCUUUACUGCUACUUCUCGGUGCAUGCAUGGGAGGUCUCUGGGCACACAGCGGUGUCGGUCUUGCAGGCGCCCUAUGGACUGCGGUUGGGCUCAAGACAUUGAUCGUAAUCACUUGGAUAUUCUGGACGGGAGAGAAGGAUGAGGAGUAG